CAGAAUUAAAUAGAAAAAAAUGGAUAUCUCAACAGAGGGUAUUUGGAAUCUAGUUUUGUAUCAUUUCCAUGAAGAUUUUGCCCUUGCUCUACUCAUUGCAGGGGUAAUAAUAUCCUUUAUCCUGAGCUUUGCUGUCGGAGCAAAUGAUUCUGCUAAUUCUUGGGGAACUUCAGUAGGGGCAGGGACUGUUUCCUUAACCUGGGCAUACAUUCUUGGAUCACUCAUGGAGACAAUUGGUGCCACAUUGCUGUCUGGUGAUGUCAUAAAAAAGGUGGUGAAUGGGAUUGUGAACAUAGAUGCUUAUAAGUCGAACAGAACUGAUGUUAUAAACGGAUGGAGUGAACAGAGUCCAGAAGACGGCCUUUAUGAUGAGAGGUUGCUGAUGGUUGGCUGUAUUGCGGUGAUGUUAAGUAGUGGGCUCUGGCAAUUAAUUGCAUCAUUUUUCUCGUGGCCUGUGGCAGGAACACACUGCAUUAUAUUUGGACUUCUUGGUUUCACACUCACAGCUAAAGGAUCAAAUGGAUUGAAAAAUGCUGAAGAAUUUGCCACCAUUGUCUACAUGCUUUUUGUAUCCAUUCUCAUUGCUCUGGUGGCAUCAGCCGUCUUUUAUUUCCCUCUUUACAAAUACUGCUUCAGAUCGGACACUCCUUUCUCUGGAAAGAACAGAAUCAUAUAUGGCCUGCUCACUGGAUCUGCUGUAGGGAUUCCGGUAGCUUUUAUUUUCCUGCAAACAAACAAAGCUUUUGAGUUGAUAAGUGCUGACAAUGAUCCUCACUGGAUAGCAAUAGGAACUGGUUUAGCUGUAACUUUGAUCAUGUCAAUUCUUGCAAUAUUUGUCAUCAUUCCUCAGAUAAAAAAUAUGACAUCAGAUUUGGCCCUAGAUGUUGACCUCAGAUGUUGGAAGAAAGGAAGUAAAGAGGACAAGGAGGAAGAAAUGUCAACUGUUGAACCUAUAGAGAUUGAAAGCAAGGAGAAACCUGAUGCUAGCAAACAGAACAAUACUCUGAAAGAUAGUCCUGAACUAACCAGGAUCUUCAGACCACUUCAAGUGAUUUCGGCAAUGACCAGUGCACUUGUGCAUGGUGGUAAUGAUGUGGCAAACUGUAUUGGACCUUUUGUAGUAAUCUAUCUAGUCUACCAGGAGGGAAUUUUGACCCAAACCAAGUAUGAAGCACCUUUCGCAAUCUCGCUAUGGGGUGGAGUUGGAAUUUCCCUAGGGCUCAUCAUGUUUGGAAAGAAGGUUAUAAUGACAAUGGGACAGGACAUAACUGAGAUGACACCAUCUAAAGGAUUUGUUGUUGAAUGGAUUUCUUCAAUCAUUGGACUGAUCUUCACAGCUUUCGGAUUUAUGUUGUCUACCACUCACUGCAAAGUUGGAUGUAUUAUAGGAUGUGGACUAAUGCAAGGCCUGGUCGAUACAGGAUCACCAAAAAAAGCUUUAAGCUAUGUAAACUUUAAAGUUCUCUCAGGAGUAAUACUGUCAUGGGCACUGACUAUUCCAGUAGCUAUGGGACUAUCAUCAAUCAUCUUCCUUGUUCUAAAGGAACUACUGAUCAGUUAACAAGCACUUAAUAUCCAACCAUUUACACAGCACAAAAUACAUUCAGAAAUAACCUUCACACCUCUCGAGUUCAAACAUUUGUAAAGUAUUUCUUAUUAUUUAUAAUCUAAUAAAUCUAGUAUUUAUAAUCUAAUAAAUCUAGUAUUUAUAA